AGAGCUGAACUAGGUCGUGCUUCAUGGAAAUUAUUCCAUACUAUAUUGGCUAGAUAUCCAGAUAAACCAAGUUUAGAAGAACGUCAAACUUUAGAACAAUACAUUUAUUUAUUUGCCAAAGUGUAUCCAUGUGGAGAUUGUGCUCGACAUUUCAUCAAAUUAUUAGAAAAAUAUCCACCACAAACUUCAUCAAGAACCAUUGCAUCAGUUUGGGGUUGUGAUGUUCAUAAUAAAGUUAAUAAAGUAUUAGGUCAUGAAAUUUAUGAUUGUGCAAAUAUCAUUGAAGAUUAUGAUUGUGGAUGU